GCGUAGAAGUUGAUCACGUGAUCGUUCACUGAUCGGAAACGUUCCUUGGCCAGCCAUUUCCGUCUUCUCAAGAUCUGUCAGCCAUUGUCGCUCUGUUUGCCGGGUUGGAAAAGAUCUUCUAAACAGAGUUGACAUCGAUUAGUUGGAAGGAUAAUUGUACGUUGCAGAUAGCCACCACAGCUUGUUCAAACAUUUGAAAUGUAUACCACAGCGUAUAGCAACCACACAAGUUAUAGAUCGAGAGGAAGUAGAGAUUUUAGUAAUCGAAAUGGUGGCGGUACAGCAUAUUGGAAUGGUCAGCAACAAACUCAGAAAGAAUAUAAUGGAAAGAAACAAAAUCAGAAAAAAAUACCAGGAGAUUUAUUAAAAAAACCUAAUUGGGACUUAGCUACACUUCCAGUUAUUACAAAGAAUUUGUAUAUCCCACAUGUUAAUGUUUUAAACAGAACUUCUGAAGAAAUUAAUAAAUUUCAUGCUGGCAAAGAAAUUACUGUUAAGGGAAAUAACACUCCGCCUCCAAUUCAAGCUUUCGAGGAAAGCAAUUUCCCAGAUUAUGUAAUGGAAGAGAUAAAGAAACAAGGAUUUGCUGAGCCUACUGCAAUUCAAGCUCAAGGGUGGCCAAUUGCUUUAAGCGGACGUGAUAUGGUUGGCAUUGCUCAAACUGGUUCUGGAAAAACUUUAGCGUACAUCCUUCCAGCAACUGUACAUAUUAAUAAUCAACCUAGGUUGAACCGAGGUGAUGGUCCAAUUGUUUUAGUUCUUGCUCCAACCCGAGAAUUGGCUCAACAAAUCCAAUCGGUAGCUAAAGAUUUCGGUUCUUCGUCAUGCAUUCGAAAUACAUGCAUUUUUGGAGGUUCUCCAAAAGGGCCACAAGCGCGAGAUCUUGAAAGAGGUGUUGAAAUUUGUAUCGCUACACCAGGAAGACUCAUUGACUUUUUAGAAAAGGGAACUACAAACUUACGAAGAUGUACAUAUCUUGUUCUCGAUGAGGCUGACAGAAUGUUAGAUAUGGGAUUUGAACCUCAAAUAAGGAAGAUAAUAGAACAGAUCAGACCAGAUCGUCAAGUUCUUAUGUGGUCAGCAACAUGGCCCAAAGAAGUACAAGCACUUGCGGAGGAUUUUCUUACUGAUUACAUUCAGAUCAAUAUUGGUUCGUUGACUCUGGCUGCAAAUCAUAAUAUUCGUCAAAUCAUUGAGAUUUGCCAGGAACAUGAAAAAGAAUCAAAACUAUCCAAUCUAUUGAGAGAGAUCGGUGGCGAGCGUGGAAGCAAAGUUAUUAUUUUUGUUGAAACGAAAAAGAAAGUAGACGAUAUUACAAAGUCUAUCAAACGAGAAGGUUGGUCAGCGAUUUCUAUUCACGGUGAUAAAUCACAACCCGAACGAGAUUACGUCUUGUCUGAAUUUAGAAAUGGAAAAACUAUGAUCUUAGUUGCAACCGAUGUUGCUGCACGUGGCUUGGAUGUAGAGGAUGUCAAAUACGUCAUUAAUUUCGAUUAUCCAAAUAGUUCGGAGGAUUAUAUUCAUAGAAUAGGUCGCACUGGACGUUGCCAAAGUGCAGGAACGGCUUACGCUUACUUUACUUCGAAUAAUGCGAGACAAGCUAAAGAAUUGAUAUCUGUUUUGGAAGAAGCUGGUCAAGUAAUAAAUCCUCAAUUAGCAGACAUGGCGAAUUCUAUUAGAAAUCAAUUUGGAAAGGGUCGACAACGUUGGAGUUAUGGUCGCUUUACUAAGGAUAACAAUUCUGGUGGAAGUCCAAGAAGUAACAAUAGCCCAACAAUAAAUAAUUGGCAAAAUCAUCAGACUCAGACGAAUCAGCAUCAAAACGUUACUAAUCCAGAAAGGAUGAACAUACGCCAACAAAAUGGUUAUCAGAACACUCGUCAGAACACUUACCAACCAUCUGUUUACCAACAACAACCACAGCCACAUCCACAACAACAGCAGCAACAACAACAGCAACAACAACAACAACAGCAGCAUCAACAUCAACAGCAUCAGCAUCAGCAUCAGCAUCAGCAUCAACAUCACCAUCAGCAUCAACAACAGCAACCGCAACAGCAUCAGCCACAACAGCAACAGCAUCAACAACCGCAACAACGUCAGCCUAAUACGAAUUAUCAAGGCGGAUAUCAAUCUAAUGGUAGUGCUUGUCAACCAGGAUAUCAAAAUAAUAAUGCUCUCCGAUAUCCAAAUAGAACGGGCUAUCAAGGAAAUCGUUAUAACAGUAGGCAAAAUGGAUACAGUAGUGGUCAAAACGGUCAAAAUGUAUAUUCAAUGCCACCUGCGUUUAUCAUGCCAUCGGGUGGACACACAGAUUCCGGAAUACAGAGUCUCGUCAAUAACAAGUUCUUCCAAACGAACAGACCACCACCGAAUACAGGAGCUUGCGCUUAUCAAUCGAUGGGAUACGGCCAGUUUCAGGCUGUACCGCCGUAUGGUUAUCCUUAUCCGCCGACACAGGUGCAGCAGUGACGUCUUAGAUGCAAAUCAGCGGCCAUUCGAGCUAAGUAAAGUAAUUUCUCAAUUAUUCAUUUCUAUUUCACCAACAAUAUUUAUCGAUUUGUGUCGAAUGGUGGGUCUUUUUGGGUAAUAUUCUUAAUGUACUUUGUUUCUUUCAUACUCGCAUGAAAUGAAGCCGACUUACGAGGAAACGAUUUACUUUUCGUCUCGCUCAACUUCCCGCGCUUUCUGUCGACUAACCGGAAAAAGUUAUUUAAAAUCGAAUUGUACGAUUUUAACAUGUUUCCGAAGGGAAAAUUCGUAAUAUUUUUUAACGAACACAAUCGGAGAUUGUUCUUCGUCGAAACGAAAUAUUAAAAAAAAAGAAAGAAAGAAAGAAAAGGAAAAAAAAAGAAAAAGAAAAAAAAACAACAGAUUGGUUCGACUUGAGGCUCAUUUCAAGCGAGUAUCGAGUAAUAAAUAUCUCUUUAGCGACGAUAGAUGGUAAUAAUAUCGGUUAUAUAGCUUAUUGAUCGCGAACGUAGUUAACAAUGGUCACAUCUCUUUAUGGUAAUUUAACGGUAAUCUUCUCUCGCGAUAACUAACUAUAUAUAUAUAUAUAUAUAUAUAUAUAUAUAUAUAUAUAUAUAUAUAUAGUAGUUUUAUAUAUGUAUAUAGUUUUGUUUAUAUAUGUAUACAAAUACUAUAUAUAUAUAAACACUAUCUAUAUAUAUACACACACACCACACACACAUUAUAUAUAUAUAUGUAUGUAUAUAUAUAUAUAUAUACACAUACAUGUAUAAACAAACAAAAACUUACCUGUAUGCUAUUCUGAAAUGCACGAAACAUAUAGAAGGGGGGGAUGGGUAGAGUCAAUAAUUUAUAAUUUAUUUAAUACUUUGCGUAUAUGCAGGUGAUGCUCUUCAAAAUGUAAGGCCUUUUGCAUAAAAAUUAAGCCGUGCACCCUUGCAAUUGAAAUACGAUAUAUAUAUAAAAAGAAAAAAGGAAAAAAAAGAAAAAGAAAAAAGAAAGGGAAAAGAGUGAAAAACUUUAACUCAAGAUAUUACUUUCCUAAGAGACAAAAGAGAGAAUGAAAAAGUACGAUUGAGGAUAGGGAAUGGAAGGGAAGAAAAAAAAAAGAGAAAAGAAAUAAAAAAGGAGGUAUUAUUAUAUCAUUAUAAAAAUAUAUCGUGCUUCGAUGGAUCCUUAACGUUAUUAUACACAGAGGCAGCAAAGGGGGGGUAUGGGUUUUUAGGUGUUAGAAGUAAUUGAGCGCGUAGUCACUAUGGCUGUGCACUUCGGAACAAAGUUCGAUAUCUUAUUUUUAUAUAUAUAUAUCAAAAAUAAUUUGUUGUUAAGCCAACGAAUGAUUAUAUGAAACAUUGUUGUUUGAUGUUUAUGCAAUUGGCCACCGAGUGGUCUUGCCUUUGCGCGUCAUCGUACGGGGCACGCGUUGGUUAGCCGCAAUUCAAGAGAAUUUCAAUCGUACAUGUUUUUUAGUUUGCGUGUCGAAAUCUUUCAUCACUUUCACUUCGGGAAAAAAAAUGAAAAAGAAAAAGAAAAAAGCAAACAAAGGGACACUACGACAUUUUUAUUACUAAUGUAAAUGUUUGAUAAACUGUAUGAGGUAUGCCACUACCUUUAACGUAGUAGGUUAUAAGUGUAACAAAAUACGAAGGUAAGUGUUGUAGCGUUAAAGUUACUCUAGCGAAUAUCGUAUUAGAAAUUCGCGCGACAGCAUGGGGGCAAAUUUUGCAAACCUGUGGAUACUCGAUAAAUGUUUACGCUCGAGGCAAAAGUAUUUGAUUGAGAUAAUAAAGGGGGAAAAAAAAGAAAACAAGACAAAACAAACAAGCAAACCAGGGAAAGGAAGAAAAGUAAAAAGUCGAUUAAAAUAGCCGAAAGGGAGAGUCUCUUACGGAUAAUAUAUUAUCAUGAUUCAUGACAGUAUUCGCGGAAUUUUUUGUUCUUCUAUUCUUUUUUGUUCUCUCUCUCUCUCUCUCUCUCUCUCUCUCUCUCUCUCUCUCUCUUUCUCUCUUUCUUUAUUUUCCUUUUUUUUCUAUCUUUUUCGAUUUUCCUAAAAUCGCAGCUCAUAAUUUAAUUACGCACAAUAUAAAAAGAAACAUCUUGUAACUACGGUGCUUUGCCGUUUUAUUCGAUAUCGUCAUGUCCAUAGAUCGAGAUCAUUCUUAACGAUUUAUUUCGAGUUUAUAUUAUCGCGCCAUUAUAUCGAUGGUUCUCUUUAAUUAUUGACACGACUAUCAGCAUUUUUUUUUCUUUUUUCAUUUUUUUCCUUUUUUCUACACGCUGGCGGCAAAAACUUGAAAAUCUUAGAAAGUUCUUCUCUCUAUGAUCUUUUUUCUUUCUCUCUUUCUUCCUUUCUUUUCCAUUUCAUCUAUCUAAUCGCAUAUUGCGCGUUGAUUCGAAUAGUUAAUAUAUGAAUAGAAAGCGAACAUUGUGAGUAUAAAAAGCUCUUAACGUUUUCGCAUAUUUGCGUGUGCCCUCUAUCGAUGUUUAUUAAUUAUUUAAUUCAUUCAUUCAUUCAUUUAAUCGUAAAUUGUUUUCUUUUUUAUCUUUUCAAACGAUCGAUACAUACGACAGAGGAAAAAUUUUAUCGUAAAUUCAUGGCUCAUAUGUAUAGUCUCCGUCCUAUAAUCUUUCGGUACUUAAAUACGAAGGGUAAUAUUGAAUGUAUCGAACGAAGUAUUUUCAACUGAUGUUCUACCGUGCGUUAUAAAAAUAUAAUAAACACGAAGAAGGAUUUUUGUUCUAUUCCAACAUUUAUAGCAAAGAGAAUAAAAAUACUAAUGAUAGAAAAUUAUGAUGAUGUUUUUCACGAUACAAUUUUUGGUGUCGUAGAUAAAUAUCGUGAAAUUUUGAGAAGGUAGAAAUUAUACCAGAAUGUGUUUUCUACUCGUUUGAUUUUUAUUAAAAGUCAUUCACAACGAUCAUACUCUCAUUUACGGUUGUUGUUUCUGCUCGUAUCUUACUUUUGUCUUUAACAUCGUCGAUUAAUCUCAUCUUCUUUUUUCUGUUUCUUUUCUUAUCUUUUCUUUUUUGUCCGAUAUUCAAGUUGAUAGUGGGUGCACGCGUAAAUCUGUGAUAUGUAAGAUGUAGCGUAUUAAUAGAUUUACUGUUCUGUCAUGCAUGAUGAUUAAAGUAGGAGACAUAUAUCUCAUCGGUUUUUUCGUGACGUGGGUAAUACCAUAUCAUUUAUCUCGGUGACAUCCAUCGCAGCCUAUUAUUAUCAAUAAUACAAAAAUUAUGGAUGGUUAACUUUACUGUCUAAGAUAUUGCAGCAUCUGCAAAUACAUAUUGAUUCGUCAUUUAUAUAGGAAGCAGUUAUUUCAGUUAGUUUUUUCAUUAUUUAAUAAUAGGCAUCGUUUAGAAGUUUCACAUCUUAUAUAAUGAUUUACGAUCAUCAUUUGUAAAUUCGUAUUUGGAAAGGAAAAUUAAAAAAAAAAUAAAAAAAAUAAUAAAAAUAAAAAAUGUCUUAGACAGUACAAUCAGAUGGUGGGCCCUUUAUUGCAUGAGAAAGAAGGAAGUCGUGAAAGAUGAAAAAAUAAGAAAGCAGUAUUUUUGUGAAUCCAAUAUGAAGGGCGUUCGAUUGCACUCGAUCGUUUAAUAAUAUUAUCAUCGUUUUUGAUUAUACGAAAAAGCAGACAAGAGAAGGAUCAUUAUUUUUUUUCGGAUAUAUUCCGACAUAUUAAAUCAUAUAUCAAGGUCACUCUUUCUCUCUCUCUCUCUUUCUCUAUUUUAGACAUUACUUCGCAUAAUCGGAAACGAAUACAUUUUAGACGAUCCAGUUUAAUGUGACUCCCUUUAUAUACAAUAUCUCCGACGCAUCAAGCGAAUAAUAAAGUCGGGUAAUGACAUAAUAUGUCAUACGUUUAAUUAUCGUUAAAUCGUCGUGCUUGGGUGAAUUCAUACAUGAUUUUUUAUGUUUCCUUUGAAGCAAACGGUUAUUCUUUAAGCAAGAUAUUCUUUAAACUCUUUACAAAGAAGCAAUUUAAGAGUUUCUCUUCCGUGUGUCGCGUAAAGUUACAUUUUUUGUUGUUUUUUUUUUUCCUUUUUUCUUUUAUAUAUGUAUAUGUGUAUGUAUGUAUGUAUGUAUGUAUAUGUAUAUGUAUAUAUAUAUACAUAUAUAUAUAUAUAUAUUUGUUUUUACGUUUAACAGAUCCACAUCGAUAUAUUCCUCGUGCCCUCUUUGUUAAGAAAAAAAAAAAAAAGAAAAAGAAAAGAGAAAUCUGUAAUGGCCCAACACGAUGGCCCAUUUAAAAUAUAUUUUAAGCAUUAAAUGAAUAACGCGAGUACCGUUAACGGUGGUUGCAUCUUGUACAUAUAUAAUCGGAGAGGGACGAGAACUGUCUGUAUUAUAUGACACGGUAACGAAACUUACAAAUUUGAGUUAAGUUCACGAUUAUAGAUAAUACAAAUAUUUUGUUGCGUCUCUUUGCGAAAGAUACAGAAAUACGUAUGUACGUACGAAGAUUGCACUCUUCCCCCGUUAUAGGUUAUACUGAUGAGAAUAAAAUGGUGGGGAGUGAAGGAGAAGGAAGGGGGGAGAAAGAAAAGAGUGAGAGGCUUCUGUUAAUUAAUAUAACCAAAGUGUUAGAGGUAUCAAAAAAAAAAUGAUAAAACAUGUGUUGAUCGUAUAAAUGUCAUCAAUAUAUUGUUUUUUUUUCUUCCUUUGUUUUUCUUUUCUGUUGCCUUUAAAGUUAAAAUAAUCGAAAGAUUCGAAUAUCUCUUUAACACAUUCACUACCCAUAAAAAUCACCAGCUAUCGAUUGAGUAUUGUUUAAUUAUUUUAUUAUAUACGAUAUACUUCUAUUGAUGAAUCUCAUAUGGAUUUGAUAUAAUUUUGCAUUAUUUAGAAUUAAUGCAUGUCGGCUAUAGGUGAUAUAAAUGGGUUAAUAUAUUUACAUUUUUUAUAUACUAAGGACCACAUUUAUCAUCAUAAAAGAGACAUAACAUGUCGAACGAAGUACAGCAAUAAGUAAUUGAAUAAUUGAACUAUGUUUUCCAUCCUUAUUCUUAAUCCUUAACGGUUGAAGACUCCAUAGUUGAGCCUUAUACUUAUACUAUUAUAGUCACUUACAAUUAAGGUGAAAGAGCGGAUAGAUAAAUAUGUCGGAGAGAGUGUGUUAAAGAUCUUUUUGUUUCACGUGAGCCUCAUUACAAUUUAUGUUUUAUAAGAACAUCUAACAUCUCUAUGGGAAUAAUUUUGAAAAAAAGAAAAAGAAAAGAGAAAAGAAACGUAGGAAGGAAUGCAGUAUAGUUAGAAAAGCAAAGUGAACAGAGUUUACGUUUACUGAAGAAAAUUAUUUCGAGAAGGUUAUAGAAGAGGAACUUUUUGAAAAAAGGUGACACGUUUAUUAAACCGUCCAAGUCAUCUUGCUGUCACCUCAUCAUUUUUGUUUAUCUUACAAAUAACCGUGAGAAAAUAACGUUCUCCGUUUACUGUUUCUUAGUUUUAUGUUUUCUUCUCUCUCUCUCUCUCUCUCUCUCUCUCUCUCUCUCUCUCUCUCUCUCUCUCUCUCUCUCUCUCUCUCUCUCUCUCUCUCUCUUCUCUCUCCCUCUCUCUCUCUCUCCUUUUUUUAAAAUAUUUUUUUAGAUUACAUCGCGGCAACAACGAACAACGUUGAAACGGGCUUUCUUAGGAUACUAGAUCGUGGGUCCGUUCCCCGGUAUCACAAUUAAUACGAUGAUAUAUAAUAAGAUGAUACUGAUUUUUACCGAAUGUUCCAUCGCGCAGAAUAUAUCAUCAGUGAUCACAUCGGUUUGCGUGAAGGAACGGAAAUUAUACAGGGCCUUAAAAACGGAGUGUAUCGCAAUGUUUUCCUUAUUCGAAAGGUGAAUCCAUUGGGGAUGAUUUUUGAUCUCGCUGCUUCGUAUGCAUUUUUUGAAUGUUUUUUUAUUUAUAAAGGAAAAAAAGACGAUACGCGGCGUUUAAAAACGUCUUAUCCUCAGACAUUCAGUAUAUGGUAGCGAUGGUCGACCCAUGCAUCUAGAAAGAUUGAUGAUUAUUAGCUUUCGAAACACGAGUACCUUUGUCAUAUUAAAUGCUGAGCGCUGUGAUAUCGCGUACAUAAACAUUUUAGUGUUGUAAACGUAAAUACACAUAUUGUAAUGUUAACGAAUAUUAUCUCCUUUAUAUACGAAGACUGAAUCUCUCGCCAACUUAUGAAUAACAAGUUUAGCCAAGCACAGGUGACACGUUCAUAUAUCAUAUAUAUAUGUGUGUAUAUCCGAAUGCCUAUUUGUAUAUUAUUAGUUUACAAUAUCGUGUCCUACGCGAUGGUUGGACGUGCCAGUACUGUUAUGUUAGUUUGAUGAAGAGAAUGCGUGUUUAUAUUGUGCGUCGCACUCGACGAACGGAACUACUCAAUUCUGCAAUUCUCUCUUUGAGGUUGGGUCCAAUUUUGUCAGCGUUCAAUGCUUCGUUAUAUACGGUGAUUCAUUGUCGUUUUUCGCGAUUCUAUUUCUAAAUUAUCCAUAAAAAACGUACAGAUCACGCGUAUACAAAGAAACAAUAAAUAAAUAAAAGCUAUACGUUAACAUUUGAAGAAAAAAAGUAAAAUUAAAUACAUGGACGAUUUUUUAAUUCCCAUUCGUGUUCUUCUUCGUACUUCAUUCGAAUCUAUCGACACUAGUUGUAGGAUAGUUGGCAUACGAGAAGAAAGCAAAUGAGCUUUAAUUCAGUCCGUUCAAUGUAUCAAGGGAUAAUUAUUAUGAAGAUAUAAAAUAAUCACAUAUUCUAAUAUUCUUUAUUAUAAUAUUUUAUGAAACUAAACGUUCAUUUUGACGGAUGUUCAAAAGCAAUCUCAAUCUGAGAGGAUGCGGUCGAGUAGUAGUCUGUAAAAAGAAAAAGAAAAAAAAAAGAAAAAAAAACAAAAAAAAAAGAAAAAACAAAUAAACAAAACCAUGAAGUCUGGUAUUGUGAGACGGAUUAUGUCGGAUUUGCAUAUGCGUUAUCGCAGCAUUAGCAAUAGAUAUAUCAUUAUUCUUUUUAUAUAUAUAUUUUCCCUCGACAAUCUCGUUGGGCGAAAGUAAUUUGGGACAGAAUUCGCAUUGAAUUUUAUUAUUAUUAUUAUUAUUAUUAUUAUUAUUAUUAUUAUUAUUUAUUAAUAAACCCGUAGAAAAUCGUAAUGCGUUAUGCAACAUGAUUGUAAUACCUCUUUCACGAUAAAUUCACAAUAUUUAUUGAGACGAUAUUGUUAUAACAGUCACGAUCCAUCGAUUUUGUUAAUGAAGAGUUAGAGUUACUCGAGAUUCAGGCUAAAAAGGGGAUACAAUGUUGUUGCGGGUUAAGUUGAAUUCUGUCGUAGAAUCUUGCUCGGGAGACUACAGAUUAUCUUAUAAUCUAAAGGUAGAGAAAAUAUACAUAUACAUUUAAAUGGCAUUCCUUGUAGUUCGAACAUUUUAUAUUUAAGAAGAUCCUGAAACGUGCAGGGUAUUUCGUUAUCUACGUAGGUGUCUGCCUCUUCUUUUUUCUCAUUUAUCUUAUCCGUUCUCUAAAUUUUAGAGAGCACCCCCUUUCUUAAACUAAGAAUCUGGGCACCCCCGUGAGCGCUUCUAAAGAGCAAAUCGAGUAGUCAAAGUGAUAAAAAUUAAGUGUCGCCAGUAAAGUUAUCCAAAAAAAAAAAAAAA